CGAGGGAUGUCCGGACGACGGAGCGUUACGCCGACCACGGUGCACCCGGAGGAGGACCGUCCAGGCGCCGGCGUGGGCGCCGGCGCCGAGCGUCCCGCCGGCGUGAGGCUCCGUACCGGCGCGACGUUCAUCAAGAGCGUCUCGAUAUUCCUGAAGGGUCGCAAGGCAUCCGUGAACGCGAAGCGGCAGAUCUCCGCCGCGUCCGGUGGCAAGAGACGUCGCAAGAGGAUGCCGGAGGCCGGCGGCGUCAGGAACUCCGCGUACAUCGUCAAAGUGAUCGAGUCCUUGAAAAAGAGGACGAGGUUCUCCAGGGUGGAGUUGGACAACCUCUGCAAACUCUAUAUGAAGCUGACCACCAGCCAACAAGCAGACCGAUCGGUGUCGUCCAGCGGUAGAAGGCCGCAAUCGAGAUCGGCGGUCGAGGGUAUUGACAGGACGAUCUUUCGAGAGCUCCUGCACGAUACGUUCCACGUGAUCACGGAGGACAUUCUGGUGGAGCGUUUGUUCUGCUGUUGGGACCGCGAGAUCGAAGGGGCCAUCAGGCUCGAGCCGUGGAUCAUGGGCCUCGACGUGUUCUUGCGAGGCAACCUCCGCGACAGGAUCGUCUUCUGCUUCCACGUGUACGAUUUGAACAACGACGGAUUCAUCACGAAGGACGAGAUCUUCCAAUUGCUCAAAAACUGCUUGAUAAAGCAACCCGGCGAGGAGGAUCCGGACGAGGGAGUCAAGGACUUGUCGGAGUUGGCUCUGAAGAAGCUCGACGUCGAUCACGACGGCAAGAUAUCCUUCCGUGAUUAUGAGAUGGCAGUGAAGGGAGAACCGUUGUUGCUGGAAGCUUUCGGCCAGUGUCUGCCUACCGACGAGAACUGCGCGACCUUUUUGGCGACCCUUCAACCCUGAGGACAUCCGACCGAGGCACUUGGAGCUUCAAACACCUGUCGUAUCAUUUGUACUUCAUCUUACCUCUCAUCCACUUUGGCAUCUCUCCUUCAUUCACGACGUUCAUACAAUCGUUAUCAUAACGCAUCAUAAGUGUAUAAUUAAUAACAAGUGACAAACACACACACACACACACACACGCAACGAGUGCAGUCACGAUAUAACAUAUAACGACGAGUGUAGUCACGAUACAACGGGAAUGAUAAGAACAAUGAAAGUAAUGACGAAAGUGACGUGUGUACGUCACGUGUGUGUGCGCGCGAUCUUACCUUGAGGCGAAAUAUAUUGUAAUAAGUUACAUAUACACCCCGUCGAAUUUCUAAUUACAAGAGAUUAGUUCCAACAGGCGCCGGCUAUCGGCAUUUUUCUCGCCCGAAUUGCUUUCGUUAUCUUUAUGACCGCGGCGUGAAAAUCGAUCGGUCGCGAAUCGGCGCGCCGGAUCAUAGAGAGCCGCCUCUCCGACUCGAUCUAUAUAGCUCUAUCGAUCGUAUGACGCGUAAUCGGCGCUCGUGCCGAUAAAUUAAACCGGCUCUCGACGACGGCGAGCGCGCAUCGAGCGCAGGAACUUGCGCGAUCCUUCGCUUCGCGUCACGUCUCGUCGGCCGAAGUUCGCGCUUCGUAAGAGAGAAACACGUGUCCUCGGUCACAUGUUGCCGGCGACUCUCGCGACGCGAGAGCGCUCUCGCCUGCCUUAUCACGGAGGAAGGAUUUACGAAUUCAGGAUGUCACAUGCAGAUUUAUCGACGACGUAAUUCUUCGACGUGCAAACUUUCGGCUGUUGUAAAGAUAGGGCUUCUCUAUCGCGUAUAAAAGUCCGCUGAUAGUACAUGCGCUCGUCGUCUCCGAGACGACGGUGCCGCAUGCGAUUCCGAUUUCACGUUAUGACGUACUUGCCGUCGUUGUGCGCCAUCCUUGCGCUGACCAGUGCUCAAGUAAGGAUAGCAAAGCAAGCAGGGUAAGACGUCUCUAGGUCCUCGUCGGAAGGCGGCCCCGUUUAUCAGAGUUUAUUUUGUAGGAAAUUCCUGCAAAUCUUUCGCAGGAAUUUCGCAGAAGUCUCGUGGUCUUUACAAAUGUUAUUUUAAAAUAUGUCAAUUUCUAAUCUUACAUUCGAACGCUUUAAAAUUUGUCGCGAGAGAGCUAAGAGAAUUAAGGAAGUCCUGAAGUAGUGUCGAUAUCAGACCCUGAAGAAUCAUCCGUUUCUGCCGCCAUAUUAAUGCGACGCCGUAGCGUCGCGAACUCCGCGAAGGAAGCUUCCUUGCGCGACAAUCCUUUUCAAAGGUACAAUGCAAACUUACCUUCCAGGACACGAUAAUUCAGAACAAGAACGUGAAUAUCAUCGUGAACGUGGACCCAGAGCAAGUGGCCAAGGAAUUGUGGAAGGUGAUCGAGGCUCGCCUCAACAA